AUGCCAAGUAUGGCACUUCUAGCGUUGAUUUCAUCAGCAUAUUGUCGUUUUGCACUUAUCCUGAUAGUUAUUAACGUUGGGAAAACCGAGUCGCUUUCGAAAAAUGCUCCAACAGCUGCAAAACUGCCAUCCAUCAGCAACAGUCGUUUUGUGUGCUUGAUCCAGGAUUAUGACAAAGUGCAAGGCCCUUAUUUCCAUGCUCUUUUGGAUCAAAUGAUGGAAAAGGAAUGUAGGUUUGAGCACCGAAGACUUGCCUUGUGCACUACACGGAAGCAUGCCAGUUGGUGCCAGAAGGAACGAGUUUCACAACUUGAACAAGAUUUUGGAUUGGAUGGUUGCCAGCUGUUUGUGCUGGACGACUACAACCCAAUGACCUUAAAACAAGAAAUGGAAGAUUUUGAUCCUACCAUUUUCUGGCUUGUCGAUGAUAAUGCCUUUCGGAUACGAUACUUUCUGAGAACGAGUGGCUUGGAUGGUAUGCUCUACAAAAAAUGUGGAUCUUCAAAUGGCAACAACUGCUUGUACGUUGGUGAAAAUUCCGGGGCCCUUUGCACCGGUUGUUCACUUGCUGGUGCCCAUGUACUACAACAGGACCCCAAGGAAGCGCCAGAGCCGCAAUUUUUCGGUCUGGGCCUGCUGGGAUCAGAGCGAUCUGUCAGUAUCUGCGUAUGCGAAGAUUCGAAAGGAGAAGGGCAGGAUGAUACAAAGAAUACAGAAGAAUCUGAUUCGAAUGUAUCCGACAAGCUAAUUGCUUUGGAGCAAGAUCAUGUAUAUGUAUGGUCACAACCAAAGGAUGAAUCUGCUACUAGCUUUGUCUUUCUUCCUUCUCAAAGGGGCUCCAUUGCCAAUUUGGAUUCACCAUUGUCACUACCUCCAUUGGUAGUGGAAGAAAAUAAUUUGGGAGGUGUACAGUGCACUGGAGAGCCUGCAAUUGAUCCAUCUCGAAUGAUGGAACAAGUGGGGGACUCGGAAUGGAUCAAUGAAGCCGAAGAUGCUCGUCAAUGA